AUGGCAAAAACUUUAAGACAAGCAGCCAUAAAUAAAUACUCUAAUUUAGCAUCUAAUGUAAAAACUUCUAAGAAUGAAAAAUCCUCUGAUGUAAAAACCACAUCUGAUGUAGCAACAACAUUCAACGAAAUAAAUUCUGACGAAAAGAAAGACACCUUGUUUAUAAAAGAUAUUCAGCUAGAUCUUUCCUAUUACGCAAAAAUCAUUAUUGGAAACCAAGAAUUCAAUAUUCUUUUAGAUACUGGGUCUUCAAAUCUCUGGAUUCCAAAUAAGGAUUGUACAUCUGCUGCUUGUCAAAAUCAUAAUAGAUUUAAUCCAAGUAGCUCGCCAACUUUUAAAAAAGAAGGUAAUCCUUGGUCUAUCCAAUACGGCACUGGCUUUGCUUCCGGUAUUACCGGAAUUGAUAAUGUUAAAAUUGGACGUUUUACUGCUGAUAACCAAAUUUUUGGCCUUGCAAAUAAUAUAUCUGAUUUUUUUAUACCCUUAGAAAAUGAUGGAAUUUUGGGUUUAGCUUUUGAUAGUUUGAACACUAUUGAUAAUGGCACUCAAACGCUAAUUUCUACUUUGAUUAAACAAAAGAAAAUUAGACCAAUUUUUAGUUUUCAUUUUCAACGUGCUUUAGAUUUUGAUGAUCAAGGAACUUUCACCUUGGGUGGUGUUGAUAAAACGAAAUUUAAAGGAGAAAUUACAUUUAAUCCUUUAAAUAGUAUAAAAUUACCAUUAGAUGGAUUUUGGGUAAUAAAUUUAGAUGAUGCAAUCGUUGAUAGCAAACCAUUGUCUUUUCUUGGGAAGGCCGCAAUCAUUGACACUGGCACUUCAAUUCUCAUAUUACCUGACAAUGACACUGCAGCAAUUCAUAACCAAAUUCCGGGAGCCGUAUUUGAUAGUCAAGAUGAUUUAUACAUUAUCCCAUGCGAUACUACUGCUGUAGUUGCCUUUAGAUUUGGAGGUGUUGAUUUUUCAAUUCAAUCCAAAGAUUUGAUUUUGGCACCAAUAAGUGGCACUGAUUGCAUAUCGUCUAUUAUACCUUCUGGGGAUUCUCUUCCUUCUGAUGUCUGGCUCCUUGGUCAAACAUUUUUAAGAAAUGUAUAUUCAGUAUUUGAUGUGAAAAACAAAAAAGUUGGAUUUGCGCAUAAUAAAUAA